AUGCUCGACAUACCCAAAAACAAGCCUUGGCGUGGGUAUCGCGCGCUCUGCGCGCAGUACGGCGAGAUGGUCUACAUGCACGUCCUGGGAACACCCAUGCUUGUGGUUGGGAGCGCGCAGCUCGCCAACGAGCUUCUCAACAGACGUUCAAAGAAUACCCCAGACAGACCCCCGAACCCGGUGAUCGAGCUCUCCGGACAGGAUCACAACCCCGCCCUCCUACCAUACGGCCAGUGGUGGCGGAGACAUCGGCGCGAAUUCUGGCAGCACUUUCAUCCGGGCACGAUUCACAGAUACCUGUUCAUACAACGCACAUGCACGCACAGGUUCCUAGGGAGCCUUCUCGAAUCUUCAACGGCGUUAAGGGAAAACAUUCGAUACUCUAUGCAAGGGACCAUUCUGCAGACGGUCUAUGGCGCGGACAUCAAGGAUGAAACCGAUGUACGACUGUUUGUAGCCGCGGACGCUAUUGAAGGCGUUGGACAAUCCACUCCAGGCCAUUUCGCCGUUGAAAUCCUGCCCUUUCUCAGAUACCUUCCUUCUUGGUUUCCUGGCGCCGGUUUCCAAAAAAUGUUCGCCAAAUGCAAGAUCGCCAACGAGAGGAUGAAACAUUCGCUCUUCGAUGAGGUUCGGCAGUGUCUGGACUCCGGUGAGCUUCGCCCAGGCGUCGCCACGGACCUCUUGAUGCGGAUGACGGGGAAACGCGAUGAUCAGUCAUCUCUUGCUUUGGAAGACAUAGACAUCGCGAAAAAUGUCUGCGCAGUUGCCGUUGCAGGCAGUUCGGAUACGACUGGAUACACACUUGAAGCAUUCUGCAUCGCAAUGGCUUUAUAUCCAGACGUCCAGAAGAGAGCCCAGGCCGAGUUGGACGCAAUCGUCGGCCGUGGUCGGCUUCCCGACCAUAGCGAUACCGACGCACUCGUUUACAUCAAUGCGAUCGUCAAAGAAGCCCUGCGCUGGCACGUGGUCUUUCCUGUCGGUAUCCCCCAUAGCACGCUCGAUGACGAUCAAGUCAACGGAAAUUUCGUUCCUGCGGGAACUACGAUUAUCGCGAACGUUUGGGACAUCUUGCACGAUCCUGUAACAUACGAGGAUCCCUUCGCAUUUCGUCCGGAGCGCUUCAUCAAGGACGGAAAGUUGGACGUCACCGUGCAGGACCCUACUGACUAUAUGUUCGGAUUCGGUCGAAGGAUUUGUCCCGGACGUUAUCUCGCGAUCCCUUCCCUUUUCAUCAACAUCGCCUCACUGCUGCACGUCUUCGAAUUCAGUUUACCGCUGGACGACAAAGGGUACCCUGUAUCGGCGAAGUACGAGGAAGGCCACGGCCUUGUGAGUCCUCCUGAAGGUUGUCAAUGCGUAAUCAAACCGCGUUCGGUGGAGGCGGAGGCGUUGAUCCGAGAGGCAUAUCGCCUUGCGACAGCGGAGAACGAGCCCUAG